AUGUCAGAACAUAGACAUAGAUCAGGUGAUUUACAUCAACAAAAUAAAGGAUUCAAAGGAGGUAAACAUGAUAGUAAAGGCGCUAUCAAGAGAAGAGCACAAGGUAAAAUUGAAACCAAUGGAGCAAGACAAUCAAUCAAAAAUUUAGCAAUUGUAAACAAUAAAGAUGCAAUGAGACAAAAACAUCAAAAAUUGGUUAAAUCUAAAAAGAAUGAAUUAUUAGAAAGAAAAAGAUUAGGUUUACCAGAUCAAGUUGCACCACGUGUUGUUACAAUUAUUAAAUUAUCAGAAUCAUGUAAUACCAAAAAAGUAAAAGAAAUGUUAUUACAAAAAUUUAAAUUAAAUAUAAAUACUGGUGAAAUGGAAAUGGAUAAUGAGGAAACAUUAAAUAAUAAAAACAAUAAUAAUGAUAAUUUUACAACUAUUUCAUUAACAAGUAAAGUUAGAAUGAUGUUAUUAGAAUGUCAAACAAUGGCAUACGAUCAAGUUAUUGAAUUUUGUAAACUUUCAGAUAUUAUAUUAUUUGUAAUUGAUGCAAAUCAAGCCAAAUUAAAUUCUGAAGCAGAACGUAUUUUCACGAUUGUUAAAGCACAAUCAGUGCCAACCGUGAUUGAAAUCAUUCAAAAUUUAGAUCAAACACCAAUAAAGAAAAGAAAUGAGUUAAAGAAAUCGAUUCAAUCAGUUUUUCAUUUUCAUUUCCCAAAUGAACCAAAAGUAUUACCAAUGGAUACAAAUGAUGAAUGUUCUCAAGUUUUAAGAUAUAUUGAAAAUAUACAUGUAAAUGAAAUCAUUUGGAGAAAAGUUCGUCCAUAUAUGUUAAUUGAGAAAUCUUCAUAUAUUCCAGAGACUAAGGUCGUAACAAUCGAUGGUUUCAUUAGAGGUAAUAAUUUAAGUGCAAAACAAAUCAUUCAUAUUCCAGAUUAUGGUGAUUUUCAAAUUGAAAAAAUUGAAUUAAUUGAUGAUCCACAUAUUCGUAAGAAAUCUUAUUAUACAAACAACAACAACAACAAUAGCAACAAUAACAAUACUGGUGGUGGUGAAAUGGAACAAGAUAAAAAAAUUAAUAUUUUAGAUAAGGUUGAUCAAAAAGAUAAAGAUACACUUCAAACUUGGAAUGUUCCUGAUCCAAUGGAUAAUGAACAAGCAUUACCAACCGCUGAAGAAAUGAAAGAAAUUGAAGCAAAUAAAAAAAAGAAAUUAGUACCAAAAGGUACCUCAGGUUAUCAAUCAUCUUGGUAUUUAGAUAAUGAAUCUGAUGAAGAAGAAGAAAAUUUUGAAAAUGAAGAUUUAGAUAUGAAUCAAGAAGAAAUGGGUCAAGAUAAAGAAGAAGAAAUGGGUGAAGAAGAAGAAAUGGGUGAAGAAGAAGAGGAAGAAGAAGAAGGACAAGAAGAAUUAGAAGAAGUUAAAGAAAGUAAUAAAUGGAAAGGUAUUAAACAUAAAUCACAAAUUACAGAUGAGUUAUUAAAAGAUAGUGAUGAUGAGGAUGAUGAUGAAAAUAAAGAAGAACAAUCAGAAGAUGAAGAUGAAGAUGAACGUAAACAAUUACAACAAGAUGAAAUUUUAUAUCCAGAUGAAGUUGAUACACCCGGUAAUGUACCAUCACGUAUUAGAUUUUCAAAAUUCAGAGGAUUGAAAUCAUUCCGUUCUUCACCAUGGGAUGUUAAAGAGAAUUUACCAAUUGAUUAUGCAAAGAUUUUCCAAUUCCAUUCAUUCAAUCAAUCAAUGAGAGCAUCGAUUGCUAUUCUUGAUAAUGCACCAGCCAAACCAGAUAUGUAUGUUAGAAUUCAUUUAGUUAAUGGUCCAAAACAAUUGGUUGAGCGUAAUACCACCGCGAUCACCACCAAGCCAGAGGUUGCCGUCGGUCUUUACCGUUAUGAAAAUAAGAUUUCAUUAUUACAUUUCUCUGUUGAAAAACAUAAAUCCUAUGAAGAGACUGUUAGAUCUAAAGAAGAGGUUUACUUUCACUUUGGUUGGAGAAAAUUCUCAACUUCACCAAUCUAUUCAAUUAGUUCACCAAAUUGUGAUAAACAAAAGUUUGAAAAGUUUUUAUUACCUGCUAGAAAUACAAUGGCAACAAUCUAUGGUCCAAUCACUUAUCCACCAGCUCCAUUAUUAAUUUUCAAUGGUAAGGAUUGUAAUGAAUUGGUUGCAACUGGUUAUCUCUCAAGUGUAAAUCCUGAUCGUAUCAUUUGUAAACGUAUCAUUCUCACUGGUGUUAUUGCUAAAUCAAUCUCAAAGAAAUUCGUAACCGUUAAAGAUAUGUUUUAUUAUCCAGAAGAUAUUAAUUGGUUUAAAAAAGUUGAACUUUAUACAAAGAUGGGUCGUGUUGGUCAUAUAAAAGAACCUUUAGGUACUCAUGGUCGUAUGAAAUGUCAAUUCGAUGGUACUAUGAAUCAACAAGAUACAGUUUGUAUGAAUCUUUAUAAAAGAGUUUAUCCAAAAUGGAUUAAAGAUGAUUCAUCUUUAUUAAAAUUAGAAUAA